CUCACCAAGCAAAAUGAACGGAGACACAGACGCCUCGUCAUCUAGGACGGGAGCUCCACGAAAACCGCGCCCAGAAAUUCAAAUCUACCGUCCAGGAAUGCUCCGCCAGGGAGGGAGCACGAAAAGCUUGAGCUCUACGAACGAAGAAGCACGACCACCACGCCCGGAGAAGUUGAACACAACAACGACGACGAUGUCGGGCAAUUCCAGACGAAGAAGCAACGAUACGGACAGUGUGACGUCACGUGGUGGAUCUGGAAGUACGACGCCCGAUGCAAAUGUGAUUAAUGCCAUGAAUGAGCGAGGUGGAGGAAGGAAUCGAUUUGAGAAAGGCUAUCGACAACAACAGAGAACAGAUGGGCCAUCGAAUUAUAAUUCCACACAAUCCCUCUACGACACACGGCAACAUGGUGGCUAUAUGGAGUACCAGGGCAACCACCGAUCGAAUCACCGGAAUAAUGGGAGAUACAGUAACCAGCAGCAUCAGCAGCAUCGGCAACCGUUCGAACGACCCGGCGGAAAUCAUUAUACCCGCGGCUUCAACGAGCGAGCUUCCAUGCGCGGGGACGGCGCCAUCGCCCGACGUCCUCAAGGAUCCCGUCGCCAACGCAACGAUUCCAUCAACUCUACCCAAUCAGAAAUGCCACCUCAAACCGGUGCUCAACUUCACAUUGACACCUCAUUCGACUCGGCAUCUCAGUGUGGAGCCUCAUCGAAUUUCUCGAUGAAUUCCCUUGGCGAGGCGUUCAGUUUCGAGGAAAUGUGCCAGAACCUGCAGAAUUUCGCGUCGAUGGAUUGGAGUAAAGAGGUGGAAAAUGAGUUUGCAAUGCAGAAAGAGCAGGAGGAAGAGGAAGAGCGACGGAUGGAGCAGAAGCUUCAAGAAGCUGCUGCUCAGGAAGCUCAGAAAGCGGCGUCUCCGAGGAGAAAUAACCGAAGGAAUAAUCGAAGAGGUGGAGGCAACAGUCGGUACCAUCCCGAUGAAUCCGACAGAGAAAGCUCGUUCGGUGGAAGUAUCGCCGAGGAAAAAGAGGAAGAAGAAGCCGAGGAAGAGCUCAAAAGUGGUGAGAGAACUCCGACUUCUGUGCGAAGCGGCAACUCUUAUAAUCCACGUGUUCUGUACCAGAGAACACGUGGAGCCAACGACGAGAACCAUCCGAAACGAAGAGACGCCGCCGUGGAGAAGAAGCCGAAAGAGCCGAGACGGUACCGCGGUGAGCAUGACGAUCGGGAUGAUGAUGCUUCGGAGUAUCAUGGAACGCUGGAGAACCAUAUGUCGUCGGGACGUCUUGCUGGGAGAAUUCAGAUUGUGCAGCGCUCGCAGAAUGGGACGGAAGCCGGGGGAAAUCGAAACCGCCAAUCAUCCGAAGAAAAGCCGAGAACCUACCAAAAGCGCAGCCAAAACCAGUCAGAAAUGGCUAACCGAGCUGAAAUUAACCGGCGAAGACAGGAAGAUAUCGAUCGUAAUGAGGGAAAACAGAUUAGAGAAAUUAGCGAAAAAAUCGAGAAAUUAUCAGCGCCCGUUAAGAAGCGCGACCUGAAAUCCGCUGAAAAAAUGGCUGAAAUUAGCAUGGAAUUGGCUAAUAUCUACUCGCAAGUCAUCAUUCAUGACGUCAUCUACUCAUUUACGGCAGGUCUCGAGCAGAAAUUGUUUCGACAAGCAUUUUAUAAGUGCAUCGAAUCUCUACGUACGGGCUCCAAUUCAGCUGCUCCAGAUGCUCGUCUAAUUCGUGCCGUCACUCAAAAAUUGCUGCUCAACGGAAUCGUCUACUACGAAAAUCUCAUCGCCACGUACGAGACGCAAUUCCACGUGGCGCUGACCGACGCACUGACGUGGCAAUCGGGAAGCCCGUCGGAUGAAGAGCUCUGCGAGCAAUACAUCGAACUGCCAAUCGGAAUUCAAAAAUUCGACAGCGCCACGCAAAAAACUGCCAUCAAAUCCCUGUCCCGACACUUGAUCUCCCUCGGAGACCUCCAUCGCUACAAAAGUUUGAUCGACGGAUCGGAGAAUUACGAAAUUUCGAAAAGUUGCUACCAAAAAUCGUCACAAUUAUGGCCGAGCACUGGACAUCCGUACAAUCAACUCGGUAUUGUGGUAUAUUACUCGAUGCUGUACCGUAGUGCGCGACGUGCCCGUCUUGUGCCAGUCGACGUGUUGUCAAGGCAACGACAGAAGCGAGUCAUUGACGAGUUCUUCUGCCUGACCCGAGCUCUUGCGUGCUCCCAUCCUUAUGAGGUGGCAAAGGACCGUCUGAAGCAGAGAAUUGAUGCGAUGAGGACGAAAGUUGCCAAAUAUCAGCCGGUGCUCGAUAAGGAGUCGGGAAUUGUGAAGGAGCAGGGAAAUGUGCUCCGGCGGCUGCAGAGAAUUCGACAGAUCUGGAUCCACCCGAUCACAGAAACCAGCCAAGACGGCACGGGCGAACGUAUUGUCGACGAUGUUUUGGUGCAUUUUAUGGAGCAUUCGAAAGCGAAAUUGCACAGAAGAGCCGUUUCGUAUUUGUGUGAUACAUUCGGAAUGUUGGUUACUAAAAUUGGAAUGGAUCACUUUGAAAGCGUAUCAGAACGAGCUUUUGGUCUACUUUAUGCGUCGCUAAGCAAGUCUGAAACUGAUUUUUCUGCUGAUCAGCUGGUAAAAUUCUCGGCAAUGUUUAUCUAUGCGGCUCAAGUGAAUUUUGAUAAAUCCACACCAUCCACAUCAAAAUCUCAACUCCACACAGCUGUGAGAACAAUUUUCACGUACUUCCUGGUGCUCUUGGAGCACAUUUCCACUCACACAACGCUCCUCCUCCCCGCCGCAAACGUCAUCGCCACGUGGAUUUUGCACGCCGACACUGAAGAGCUUUUGAGCUAUUUGGAGCAUUUGGAGCCACUGAGCUCAACAAUUAUCUCUAGUUUUUCGAAUUUCCCGCCAAAUUUGGAAUCGGAGGCUGAAAAUCCGGAAAAUGUGACAACUCCGGAAGCGAUUCUGCUCGCGAGCUUCUUCAAAAUCUACGAGCCCAAUCCGACGCCUGUCAGGUGCUCGCGGAGCACAAAUAUCAGUCAGGCUGUGGAAAAGCUGAAAAUCUUGGGAUUUUCAGCUGAAAAAUCGGAAAAAUCGGGUGAAAAUGGGAAGCAGAAGCUUGGGGAUGGGCUCGAGGAGCCCAAGAGUCGGGAGCAGAUGAUUGAUGAGCAGAGAGGGCUUGGGAAGACUACUAUUGUGAUCCAUCCGGAAUAUCUGAUACCGGACACGAAUGUGCUCAUUGGAGACCUCCAACUGAUGAAAAAUCUCCUGGAAACUGCUCAGAAGAACAAGAAAUUCCAGAUUCUAGUGCCAACGACAGUGCUCGACGAGCUGCAAUACAUUGCCAAACUGAGCCCACUCGACUCAAAAUCCAACUCAGAAGCUCACGACCCGGAACGAAUUUCGAAAGCGAAAAUCGCUGUGGCUUGGCUCAAAGAGCAAGCAAAACAGAAGACCGGACAUUUGUACACACUGACAACGACCGGAAAACGACUACCAACUCUAUCGAUAGUUAGCGAAGAUUUGGAAGGACACGAGAUGACGACAAACGACGACAUGAUCCUGAAUUCGGCGCUCCGAUGGUCAGAAUCCCUUCCCGGAAGCACUGCUCCUUCUGCCACCGAAAUUUCCCAAAAAUGUGUGCUCAUCACCGGAGACCGAGGCUUGACGAUCAAAGCAAUCGGAAAUAAUUUCCCGUGCCGCGGAAUUUCAAAUUUCACGAAAUGGAUCAUCAAUGUGUGAUGUGAUGUGAUGAUCUACCGCCCAAAAAUCACAUGAUAUCGAUUUUUUUUGAAAAAUAUCCCUUUUUUUACCUCGAAAAUGUUAUAACUUGUUUUUUGUGUCUUGUUGUUCCCAAAAUAUCAUUUUUUCCCACGCAUUUCUUGUUCAAUAUUUGGUCAUCGAUAUACGUAUCGAAAAAUAAUUAUACGAAUAAAUACAAUUUU